GCCGAGAUGGCCGAAACCGCUCCCGUCGCUGCGCCCGAUGUCGCCGCCGCCGCCGCCCCGGCUCCGCCAAAGCUCCCGCUGCCAGAAGCCGAAGAAGGCGGCGAGCGGCUCCAAAGCCCGCAAGCCAGCGGGGCCCAGCGUCACCGAGCUGAUCACCAAGGCCGUGUCCGCCUCCAAGGAGCGCAAGGGGCUCUCCCUCGCCGCGCUCAAGAAGGCGCUGGCCGCCGGCGGCUACGAUGUGGAGAAAAGUAACAGCCGUAUUAAGCUGGGCAUCAAGAGCCUCGUCAGCAAGGGUGUUCUGGUACAGACCAAGGGCACCGGCGCCUCCGGGUCUUUUCGGCUCAGCAAAAAAACCGGAGAAGUGAAGGAAAAAGCCCCCAAGAAAAAAACUGGCGCGGCUAAACCCAAGAAGCCGGCGGCUAAGAAACCUUCCAGUGCUGCCAAGAAGCCCAAGAAGCCGGUGACCGCGAAAAAGAGCCCCAAGAAAGCCAAGAAGCCGGCGGCCGCAGCGGCCAAGAAAACAACCAAGAGCCCCAAGAAGGCGACAAAGGCUGCUAAGCCCAAAAAGCGGCGGCAGCAGCGAAGAGCCCGGCUAAGGCGAAAGCGGUGAAGCCGAAAAGCAGCCAAGCCCAAAGUAGCCAAGCCAAAAGCAGCCAAGGCAAGAAGGCAGCUCCCAAGAAAAAAUAAAUUACGCUGAAAAAACUUAUCUGCCUUGCAGAUAAACCCAA